AUGGAAAAAUAUAAUGUAAAUGCAGAAAAUAAAUAUUUGGCUUUAAUUGAUGAAGAUGGAAAUUCUUGCAACAAAAAAUUUGAAAGUUAUAAAACGUUAACAUCCAACAUUAAACAAUGUUUUAUAGAUUAUUCUUUAGAAGAUAAAAUUGAAGCUAUAAAAAAUGUACUUGUUUAUAAUGAAAAACAUACACAAAUGUUACCAUCAGAUAUAAAUAAUAUACAUAAUAUCAAACAAAUAAUUGGUGUAAAAGAAUGCUUACAACCAUAUCAAGAGACAUCAUUCCAAACAAUUCUUUCUGAAUUAAAACAUACUGUAAUGAAAAGUUAUUGGAAUAAAGAAGUUGGUAAAACACGUUAUCAAAUUUCAAAUCUUCCAGUAAGAAUGAAUCCAUUAGAAGUGACUUUUGGAAAGAAACUUAAAUCUGGAGAAACUAUGGCCGAACUUCUUAAAGAAAAAAUAAAAAAAAAUGAUAUUCCAGAGCAAAAACUUCUUGAGAUGUAUAAAAAAAGUCAUAACAGUUAUUUGCCUGCAGAGCAAAUCAAUAGACAUUAUAAGAAACCAUUUGAUCAAAAUUUAUGCUUUGGAAAAUCAUGGAAUGCUAGUGUUGAAGGUGUACGAUUAAAAAAACUUUUAACUUGGAUUAAUACAGACUCCAAUACAAUAGUAAAUUCUAACUUGGCAGAUUUCAUGAAACGUUCACAUCCUCGUAUUGGUGAAAUAAAAGAUUUAGAAAAUAUAUAUAUGUACACAAAUAUGAUACAUGGUAAAGUUGGGAAAAAGGAAAUAUUUGAAAAAUUGAACAUUUUAAGUGACUGCCCUAUAAAUAAUGAAGUAAUAGUACAACAAAACUAUUUGAAAUAUAUAAAUAAUUUACGUCAGAAAUUAAAGAAACAUGUACCAGAAAUUUCAUUUUCAGAUGUCUAUGAAGAUUUAUUAUCCUUCGAUAAAGAUUAUACAAGUAUUUUAUCAGAAAAUCAACUUUUUUCUAUCUUAGAUAAACAUAAAAUACAUAUAAAUCAAACAUUUUUGAUACCUCUAUUAGAUCUGCUUCAAAUACGUAAAGAAAAUGGUAUAAACUACAAGGAGUUAUUAAAACUUCUAAAUUGGAAAUAUGACUUUCCUACACUACCAAAAAUAGAAAAAAUUCCUUUAGAAUGUCAAUAUUACAAUACUACAUACAAUACUACAAUAGGAAGUAUAAAUAUCAUAAAUACUACAUAUAUUCCAACAGCAGGGAUUUCUUAUAAAAAUUUAGAUAAACCAACUGCUUAUAGCCUUAUACUUCCAAAUAUUUUUACAAGGCAUGGUCUUAGUCAUACAGAUCUCUCUAAACUUCGAAGUAAAGAAGAAAUAAAAAGUAUUUUUGAAGCUAUUGGAAUUCAAUUUCCAAAUGACAGCUACAAUUUACUUUGGGAAAAAGGAUUAGAAAAAAAUGGCACUAUUCUCAUAUCUGUAGAAACAUUUGCAAGCUUACUUGAUCAAUAUGAUGAUUUAAUUAAUGACAAAAAUAAUUAA